AUGCAGAGAGGCUGGAAGAUGCUCACUGACGGGUUUCCAGCUCCACCAGUACAAUCGGAGGAGCCGUUCCCGCUGGGCCCUUUCCCCAGGCACGUCUGGAUCCACGACAACACCCCCCAGGACAGCCUGGACAAGGCCUGCCACAAGAUCUGGAAACGCGUUCAAGGCCUCUCAGAAGAGCUGCAGCCCGCGCUCUGCUCAGAGCCGUCAGAGACCCUUCGAAGAGAGAACGGCAACUCCCAGCACGAAGAUGGGUUGCUAGGUGAAACAGAGGGACUUGAAAGUAUAUACAGAGCAGUGAUUGGAAACAGAGAAAGGGAGAUGAAGUUACGAGCUCUCUGUGAAGCUCAGCUUUCUGCUAAAUCCACCAUCACCAACCUGCUGUGUUCAGCGAAGUCUCACAAGAACUCCACGGGGCCGGAGGACAGCAGCACGCCAGGCGCUUGCAGCACAGGGGGCAGCAAGGUAGAGACACCAGGUCGGCAGAAGCACACAGACACAGCCAAGGGCCCAGACAAUCAGGCAAUGGCUGAAGAACCCAAGGCAGCGAACGACUUCCUACAGAGUAGCAUGUUCAGCUCUGUGAAGGACGGCACACCUGCGUCAGCUCCACCACCACCAGCAGAAAUAACUACUGCAACACCGGAUAAAAAAAAUAUUAAAUACAGUGCAAGUACUUUCACUCCACGCUUUUCUAUUACUACAACCACCACGGUAUUAAAUCAGCUGGUGUGGCCAAGUCUGAGCUUCCCUCCACUCCCUGUCCUUCCAAACCCCUCGAGCUUUUCACAGUUUCAGAUUGACACUGGUGCCGUCACAAGAAGAGAUCUGGGGGAAAAAGACGCCAAGCUGGGGGUGGCUCCAUACAACCCACAGCACAUUUUCCAGCCACCUUACCCUCCUCUGUUGAACUACAUCCCCCUUGUUCAGAUGGAUUUUCCAUACCAGCAGAGGACCCUGCCUAAACUGCCCACCAACAUCCAGGAUCCCCCAACAGCAGGCGAUGGGACCCAGUAUCCAUUUCCUCCUUCCUACAGGUAA